AUCCUCACCUUUUCGGCCAUUUGCAUUCAGAUCUAUUCGCUCUUUGUUCAUCAUGAACCCACUUUACGCUAUCAUAUUCAUUGCUAUGUCCCCUCCCACCACCCACAUAACCUCGGAUGGCUAUUGUGAUGUCGAUUGUGACGUAUCAUGCAGAAUCGUUGAAACUAUCCUGAUUAGUGCUCGACUUUGAACAGACCUGGGCGAGGAGGCGUGGCUUUUGGAUUCGAAUGAUGUCAUGACAUGUAUAUGUUACUGACCAUUUGGCAGUCAAUUGAGUCUAGCAGCUGAGCGACCGCAGCUGGGUCUUGAUUGAUGGCUCGCGUGGUGCUAUUGCAGCGCAGGCACUUGUAACCAAAUCCUUUGUUGCGGUCAUGUGCAUGAAGCAGGAUUCAAGUUCACCUGGGUUCUCAUAAGAGGUUUUUCACGAGGGAUUCUAUUCAAAGGAAACUGACCAGCAGUACUCAAGAAAAGGUUGGUAGCAAAAAUCAUUCAGCAACCUGGUUGAAGAGUACUUUUCAGAUGGUUGAGAUUGUACCACAAAUACCGUAAUGCUGGUGCGAUGAUUUUAUCAAUUGCAGAGUCCGGUACCGCAGGUCUGUGCUUCACUGGUACACUACGCAGAAGUUUCAGUUUCAGCGCAGAUUCUUUUAGUGCUCCUCGCCUCUCCUUCUAGAGUUCUCGCAAGUAGGUCAAGCUAGUACAUGUAUUUAACCUUCUCUGAAUGGAACCGUAAACCGCAUCAGCGGCUACUAACACAGAUGCGUAGGAAAACUCAAUUAUUCAUCUUCACAGGGUUGACCUGCAUCUGAGGUUUAACAGCUCACAUUUGCUCUGUGGUACUUAGCACAACUUGCACCCCAAAGACAGAUAAGAUGGCCGCGAGCCCACUUGUAAGAGCAUUGUGAGAGUGGUUACCAGCUCCGAUUGCACAACUGUUGUGCUGUUUGCGAUGUGUAGAAUGUCUUUUAAGGGGCGAAGAUCUCGAGCUUUGCUCAAGAUGCGCAGAAUAUCAACGCAUGUCCGUGCUGCGGGACUCCCUAAGGCUGCAACAGUGAAUUGUCACAAGAAUCUCUCGUUCUAGUGACCGUGUCAGCCAUGGCGCAGCGAGUCGGGCUUCAUGGCAUUGCUGUCGCCAAGCGACUGUGGCCAUGGCUUGCCCAUGUAGACAACUUGUCAGGAGCGUCUUCGAAUAUUCUGAAUGCCGGUUUCAACCAAAAAUGGUGCGCUGUAAGUUGAUGGAUUCUGACCUUAAUGUGUCUUCAGUAGCCCUCUCUCGGCCCCUGUUUUGAGGGUUGAAGGAAUAAGGUCAGAAAUCUCACCGCUUUAGCAUGAGAAAUUGUCAUUUAUGUUAGCUUUUUCUACGAUACGACAGACCUCCCCAAUAAUGCUUGGGCAUCGUAAACAUCUCGCAAUCGAGGUCUGCAGAGUGGAAGAUGCUGCGGGUCCCACCACAUUCAAGUUAACAUAGAGUUCAUAAUUUGCAGAGGCUCGAUAUUUUUUGUAUGGUGUCAGCAAUUUUCUUAAAUUCAUACUGAUUCUGUUCAUCGAUGUAUGAUGCAGUCGCUGUGAAUGCUUUCAACUGUGUGCUUCUGUGUGUGCGCAAUACUGUCUCAUCGGAGUUCUCGACUAGGUGUUGGAUUUUGUUUGGCAUGCUUUGACAGUGCGUGUUGCUGGGGGCGCGGUGAUCGAGUCUGAUCAUAUUGCAGUUGUGUUGAAGACCUUUUUUCCCCUUUUUAAUUCGUAUUUGGCCCACGUCUUAUCCGUUUGCUUGUUCGCAAAUGAUUGAUUGGGGUUUACCGUCAUUCUGGCGGGGGAUCUAGGGCGAACUUAGGUUGGCAACUUUUGACGUUUUAUUGGAUUCACAUGAAAGAUUGGUGUUGUAGGAGAUGAUGAUGAGUCCUUGAAAACCCAGUAUUUGCGAAGUGAUAUAACCUGAGAGUUGUUUAGGGGUCAGGGGUUUGAAGUCUGCGUUAGAGAGCUCUUGCAAUGGUGGGUCGCAGGAAAGCUGCCAAAGAGCUGCUUCAAAUUGCGAAUGCGGCCGCUAGGCGUUCAAGUGCCACAUCCAACUUUCAGAUUCCUGCCACUCUCCCCAAACCCACUGCUCAGCAAUCCCAAUUUUCUUGCAAUGGUACUUUGCUCGGCUCAGUUUUGUCUCGGAACAUAAGAACAGCUGCAAAAGAGUCCAUUCCUGCUUUCCGGGACACAUCCGCAGCUUCAAAAUUUGCGCCAUGCAGAAGGCCAGUGCGAGGGUUUGCAACAUCUGCCACCGCUCAAUUGCCUGGUCAAUCUCCAUUCCCGUGGUAUGGUCGCUACGUUGGCUACACAAUUCUUUUAGGCGGUUCGGCCAUCUUAACAUACUUCUACUAUCCUCACCCGAAACGAGGAGGUGGGGCGGCUCCACCCGCUCUUACGGCUGAUGAGCAUACGGUGACCAAUUGGAGUGGCACACAUUCGGCCACCACUAGUGUGUACGCCCAGCCCGAGAGUUUGGAGGAGCUGGAAAAGGUAGUAAAGCUUGCACACGACAACGGCCAGCGGCUUCGGCCCGUUGGGUCGGGGUUGUCGCCGAAUGGGCUUGGGUUAAGCGACGAAGGCAUGGUCAAUUUGGCGUUGAUGGACAAGAUCAUAAGUGUUGAUGAGGAGACCAAGAAGGUGAGGGUGCAAGCAGGCGCACGCGUCGCCGAAGUCGUGGAGGCAUUGCGACCCUAUGGCCUCACUCUGCAGAAUUACGCUUCCAUCCGUGAGCAGCAGAUCGGAGGAUUUAUUCAAGUUGGGGCCCAUGGAACUGGGGCGAAGCUACCACCGGUUGAUGAGCAGGUAGUGGGUUUGAAGCUGGUCACUCCUGGCAAGGGAACUUUGGACCUCUCUCCUGAGGAUGGAGCUUUGUUCUACCUUGCGCGGUGUGCCUUGGGUGCUCUUGGUGUCGUUGCUGAAGUUGAGCUGCAAUGUGUGCAAGCUCACAAGCUUUUGGAGAAAACAAUCGUUACCAACAUGAAGCAAGUGAAGAGAAAUCACAAGAAAUGGCUACAAGAGAACAAGCAUUUACGGUAUAUGUGGAUUCCUAACACAGAUACAGUUGUAGUGGUUCAAUGCAAUCCUCUGAAAGAGGGCCAAGAACCCAAGGAGGUAUCACCAAAAUACAGCAUGGAUGAGAGGUUGAGUGGAGCACGAUCUUUAUACAAAGAAACUGCUGCAAAAUACUUGCCGAAGUCACACGAGCCUGAGUCACAUGGUGAGCAAGACCCGAAAACUGCUCAAGUAGAGUCUGGGAUGUGGGGUGGAACUGGUGGAGGUAGCAAGGAGCCUCUCGGACAUCUCUCAGAUGAGGAGCUAAAUUCUUUAUCAUUCACUGAACUUCGUGACAAGGUUCUCGGAUUUGACCCUCUCAACGCGGCCCAUGUCAACAAAGUUAAUCAAGUGGAAUCAGAGUACUGGAAGAAGAGUGAGGGCAUCAGGGUGGGUUGGAGUGACGAGAUUCUGGGCUUUGAUUGUGGUGGUCAGCAGUGGGUUUCUGAGACAUGUUUUCCAACUGGCACUAUUCAAAAACCAGAUAUGCAAGAUUUGAAGUUCAUUGAGCAGGUGAUGGGUCUCAUCAAGAAGGAAGGCAUUCCUGCCCCAUCUCCCAUUGAACAGCGGUGGACGGCCAGGAGUCGAAGCCCCCUUAGUCCAGCUUUUGAUCCCUCUCCAGAUAAUAUUUACUCAUGGGUGGGCAUCAUUAUGUAUCUGCCCACAGCCGAUGAAAAGCAAAGGGAAGCUAUCACGCAACGUUUUUUUGAGUACCGAAAGUCUACACAGUAUCUACUUUGGGAUUCGUAUGGAGCACAUGAGCAUUGGGCCAAGAUAGAGGUUCCUACGAACGAGAAUGCGUUGGCGUGGGUACGAGAACGACUUCGACAUCGGUAUCCCCUGGACGAAUUUUACAAGGCCCGGGAGCAGCUCGACCCAAAGAACAUACUGGUGAAUGGCGUGGUUGAGAAGCUGUUCCCACGCAAGAGUGCAGAAGCUGUUCAAACGUCAACAUAGUUUUGGUAUUCAUACCAUGAGCUGAAAUGGAGAAAAUGCUUGUCGUGGUAGGCAAACAAAGCGGGGAUCUGUGAAAUCCAACUCCAAGGUCCUGAAACAUGGAAUUUGUCGACGCUCUCAUAUGCAGUCAUGCUGCAGCCUUGGGCACAUGCUGGAUAGUAAAGUUGUCGCUGUUCUCUGUUCAAGCUCUAUUUGCACAACCAGUUCCAAGUAGGGGGAUCACCAAUAGUUUGACUGUUGAGCCUAACUUCACUCGUGAAAAACCAUUCCAAAUCAUCGGUGCAUGAUAGUGGUCGCAUCAGGAAUUGUAACUUGAAUCCGUUCUGGGGAAUGUGCUGAAACACAAAUUCUAGGCUCUUGAUCCA